UCCGAUAAAAAGAAAUGGUGGUAUCGAUGAUAACAUAGAAUAAAACAAUAGAGCGCUGAAAUUAUUUAAAUUUGGCGGUCAGGCAUUCGAAUCAGCGCCAUUAUUGCACAGUAGUUCGGAAAAGUUCGGUUACGUUCGGCUAUUUAACAGGAGCUCUUCCAGGGUUUACUUGCUUGCUCGAUGGUAGUUGCGUUUAGUUGUAGAUACUUAGGGAAGGAGGACGAGUGUGUAGUGACAAGAAUGAACACAUGAGGUCGUCGAAAAGAGAGAGAAAAAGAUAAGAACAAAUAAAAGUGGGUGAGAGAAAGAAGAAAAGAUAGAUAGAAGGGGCGGAGAAGGAAGCAAAGGUAGUUUGCGAGCGUCUAUCAUCACGUAUGUUCGUAUUACCAUUGUACAUACCGGUAACAAAAUAAAGACAAAAGAUUAAUAAGGUUAAAAUAUUGUUCAAAUUGUGAUAUACUUUAGGAAAUAAAAAAAAAAGAAAAAAGAGAAUCUCUCUGUGAACGUUCGAUUAUUUAUCGGCGAUAUCGAUCGAGAAAUUUAUUAUUUUUAAAUGUAUAUUCGUUCCCAUUAGUUUACCUUUUACAAUCAUUAGUAAAAUAAGUUUACCGAUUCGACCAAAUUACCUUUGCCUUCAGAGCUUCCCUCAGUGCUCCCCUCAGUGCUCCCCUCAGUGGUGCGUCUCUCCAUUGGAUCAAGAAAAAUAAAAGAUUUCGACGAAUUCUUGGGAAGAAGAAGAAGAAGAAGAAGAAGUAGGGAGUAGUAGUAGAAAGAAAAGAGAAAAGAAAGAAACAGAGGUGGAGGAGGAAGAGAAAAACGCUUUAGUGGGAUCGAUAGAUCGAGCGUAGGGGCUACACACUGCUGUGACUCGCGAUCGUGGGUGUGGGUGUUGGGUACGAGUGUGCUUUCCCCGUCGCGUGUGCCUGCUUUGGUGCGUGCGUGCGUGCGGUGCGUGCGUGCGUGCGUGCUUGUAUCGUGCGUGACCGUGUUUGUAGUUCAAGAGAAGAGGAAGCGACGCGUGAACACGACCACGACAACGACAACGACAACGACGACGAGAACAAGAACGAAAAAGACGAGGACGGCGACGGCAACAACAGCAACGGCAACAGCAACGGCAACAACAACGACGACUACCACUAUUACUCCUACUCCAAUUAUUCAAGGUGGAACAAAGCGAGCAGUAUCAGCUUCGAAAGGAAGAAAAAGGAAGAAAAUUGUUAAAGAUCUCUUCCGAAGAAGGAUCUUACGUAGUUGUUGGUGCACGAUUCGACAGUAUGGAAGGUAGUUCCCAGCCAUCAACAUCGUCAUCGGAUAUAAUUAUGGGAAAGGAGAAGGAGGAAGAAUCUAAGAUACGUAGUAGAACAACUGUUGUCGAAGAGUCCGCUGCUGUUGCUGCCGCCGCCUUGGUGACCUCCUCUCCUGCUGUCUCGUCCUCCUUCUCCCCCUCUUUAACUUCUUCCUCUUCUUCCGUCUCGUCUUCCUCACCAUCCUCGCCAUCCUCCACUUCUUCCUCCUCUACUUCUUCUUCAUCCUCCUCUUGUCCCCCUUCUUCUUCCGCUUCUUCCUCCCCAUUUGUCUUUUCCUCCGCCUCCUCAAUAUCUUCUUGGUUAAAUUCACCUGACCCUACCUUACCCAACGAACCGGACUAUCAUCAUCGUCCUCCUGCUGCUGCUACUGCUGUUGCUGCUUCUGCUGCUUCUGCUGCUGCUGCUGCUGCUGGUCGACCCUCAAGUCUAAGGUCUAAUUCUUCUUCACCGAUCCCAACCACAUCCCCGUCCCCGCCAGGGUGUGGCUGCGUCGUGGCUGGAGCCGUCGAACCCGACGAGAUUACCAUCAGCAUCACCCCAACUACUGGUGGACAAUUCGAUCUUACAGUAGAUCGGUCCGAAACCAUUGAAAAUCUUAAGAAGAAUAUUUCUAAAAGACUCAAGGUCGCUAAAGAACGCAUCUGUUUAUUGCACCUCGAGAGAUUACUGCGCGAUGGAACUCUCGAGGAAAAUCGUUUACAAGAUGGAAGUAGGCUCACAUUAUUGCCGAGCGUGGAAACAGGACUAUUGGCACAACGACCAGAGCAAAGCGUAAUGCAAGCAUUGGAGAGUUUGAACGACUCGCAGGUGAACGACUUCUUGUCUGGAAAGGCACCUCUAAAUCUGACGAUGCGGUUGGGCGAUCACAUGAUGCUGAUUCAACUGCAGUUAUCGACGGUGAGAGUGCCUUUACCAGGUAGCAAUCAAACGAACGGCAGUGGUCCCACUAGCUUGACCGUCGGUGGUGGCGGCAACGGAGGAGGAGGAGGAGGAGGAGGCGGAGGAGGCGGUUGCGGGGGAGGAGGAAACAACGUCGUCGGUGGAAAUGGGCCGAAUCUUUCGACGAAUCAAGUACCGCCCCCCUCGCUUCAAAGUAGGCGUUCAACGUUGUUGGCUGCACGUCCUACUAUUGCGAGCAGCACAUCCUCGUCGAAACUUCAACGAGGAAGCACAGCAGCAGCACCCCGUACGUCCACCCUCGUAAGCCGUUUGGCAUCGGCUUUACAUGCUGCGGCGACCUGCAGCACGAGUUUAUCAACAGCGACCAAAACGACAAGUUCAGUUUGUUCCAGUCGCGCUACCACUGCGUUUUCGGCAACCAACUGUUCGAGUAUGUGCCAGUCUCGACUCCUCUACCAUCAUCAUCGUUACCACAGUCAUCAUCACCAUCAUCAUCACCAUCAUCAUCACCAUCAUCACCACCAUCACCGCCAUCAUUCGAGGUAUAAGCCAACUUGUACCUCGUCCUGUACCUCAUCCUCGAGCAUUUCUAUCGACCAUUUGCAACAAUCUACCUCCAUCAAUUACACAUGCUCCGAGUCCUCUUCUUCGUCAUCGUACGAUGUAACGACGCCAGCAAGCAAAAAGCUUUGUACCGCUCAUCACGUCCAUCAGUCGUCCCUUGAAACGUCGUUGAGGAGAAACGGAGAGGAUGCCAUCGGUGGUGACAUUAGCUCGUCGCAGACUUCACCUCUAGCCUCAUCUCUCAUCGACAAAGGUGCAAAGCUCGCCCUAGACACCCGAGCAUUAGCCGAAGCAUCUCGUAAUUUGACGCAGAAAUUGAAGCAGCUCUCCUCUGAGGUAUUCACCUCGCGGGUCGACCUCGCAGAGGAAAAUGCGAGACACAGGCAAGGAGCCAUGAUAGAAAGUAUGCAUCAUCAUGGGAAAGGUGUAUAUUCUGGAACUUUUAGUGGAACUAUUAAUCCAGCUCUUCAAGAUCGACAUGGUCGUCCCAAACGAGAUAUUAGUACUAUUAUUCAUAUCUUAAAUGAUUUAUUAUGUGCUACACCUGCGGCUACAGCAGGACACUAUAGGCAUCAUCAUAGGCAUUCGAAUAGUCGUCAACAAUGUUCUUCUGGAUCUAAUGGCGUAGCAAAUUCAGGAAAUGCAACUUCUUCUCCUGGCGUUGGCUGCCAUGAUUCAAAAGGAUCAGGACAUUCGUUGGAAGAAUUGUCGAGAGAAAACGAAGCUACUAAAUGGAAAAUGCGACGUUUGCGUUUUAUUAUGGAACAACGUCGUAGCAAAAGGAAAGCCAGAAAAGAAGCACGUACAGCAACUCAUGCUGCACAAUGGUCUGCUAUGACACCCGAUUCUAUUUCAAAUCAUGAUACAAGUGCUACGACAGCAUCUUCUACUUCCAACAACUCGAACACAGCUGAAUCGCAAAACGAACCGGAAUUACAGCCAUGUAGUCCCGAACCAGUCGUUGCUUGAAUUUAUUAUUAUUUUUAAUUAUUAUUAUUAUUAUUAUUAUUAUUAUUAUUAUGAUGAUGAUGAUUCACACGCUCAUCCUAUAAUAUUAGUACUUUUGUUUUACAUUAGAUAGAUUAAUAAGAGACAACAAGCUUCAUUGGGUAUAUCACAUUGAUUUAUAAUUGUAGGUGUUAUUAAUUAAUAAUACUUGAUUAAUUUUUCAAUCGGUGCGUAAUGUACAUAUAUACCUAUUAAGUUUUCUUGGCGAUUCUAAAAAUUGUUAUUAUGUAAAAUAUGAUUUUCAUAAUUAACGAAACGACAAAUUGAAAGAAAAUUGUUACGUCGUAGACUCGUGAAUCAAGAUGAUUAUCUAUUUUUUACUUUUAUAUAUCUAGAUUUGCAUUUUGCUGUUGUCACGCGAAAAUUAUUCGAUUCUUUUUCUUUUUUUCUUUUCCGUUUCUCAUUUUUCUGUUUGUUUGGAUAAUAUAAUACAUGUUUAUUAUGGUUGUUAUUACAAUUAAAUUAAUGAAACGGGCGAUUAAAAUUGAGUAAACUCUGGACUCGACUAUAGUUGACAAUAAUUGUAUUUUGCUGGAUAAGUCAAUGUGAAGUCACUAUAAAACUCGAUCAUGUCAAUAAUAACGGUAGAACGAUUGUUGUAAAAAUGAAGAAAAAAAUGAUGUUUAUUAAAGAAUUUUAUUGGAAAAUAGGAUGGCACUUCAGCUAGAAUGUUUUUACAUCUAUAGAAAUACUAAAUACUUCAUAGAUUAAAAGAGCAAAGAAAAGAAAGAAAAAUACAAAUAAACAAUAUUACGUGUAGCAAUUAAUUCGGUGGUCUUGAUAUUUAAUUCAUUGCAUCAAAAUGUUUUCAUUUGAAAAAAAUAUGUUAAAGAAUAAAACUAAAUUUGUUUAAAAGGCACCGAAUUAAUUGCUACACCCAAUAUACUAUAUUCACAUGAUUUUGAUCAUGACUAUCAGAUUUUUUGUUUCACAUGAUAUUUAUUUGAUUAUACUUUUACUAUUGGCAUACAGAGAAAUUUGAUAUAGUAGGGAAAUCAAAUUUCCAAUUUUAAAUAUAAACGAUAAUUAUAGAAGUUGUGAGAAAAGAAAUAUUUCAAAAGCAAUACAAUAUUUCAAUGAAAAAAAAAAAGAAAAGAAAAAAAAAAACAAAUUGAAUAGCAGAUUUGUAUCAGAAGAAAAUCUAAACAAAUUGUUUUUUCUACAUCUAAUCGCAAUAAUUUCUACAUAGGAUGUAAGGGUUCUUUUACAAAUAUGUUUUACCAAGAACAUUCGUAAUAUUAAUUGUUGCAAUGUAAUGCAAAAAAAAAAAAAGAGUGAGAAAGAAGAAAGAAAGGAGAAAAGUCGAGCCAGUCCAUUCGAGUACUCAAAAUGGCGUUAAAGGGUAACACUGUUCUCUAGUGUUGAAAAAAAUAAGUAUUUUUCCGAGCGCUAGAGUGAUAUUACCCCUUAAUUAAUUGUGCAUAGUGUAGGGUGAUUAGAUGGAGCAAUUUCUCUACUAUAACAGAGUCAACUGAAGACGCGUUAAUUACUCUUUCUAAGGAUCAUCAACACUUUGUAUUAUUCAGCAUAGAUUGAAUUAAUACGUGGUCCUAUAGU